AUGAAUCAGCUAUACACAAGCCCAUUUCGGAUUUUAAAAUUUAGUUUCAUUUUCUGCACGAGUCUCCUCUUGUGUCUCUCACUCUUGUCAGCUCAAGCUGUUGCAGGUGGUGGUGGUGGUGGUGGUGGUCACUCUUGGGACGGAAUCGUGGUGACUCAGGCGAACUAUCAGGCACUCCAAGCAAUCAAACACGAACUCAUCGACUUCACCGGAGUUCUCAAAAGCUGGAACAACUCUGCCACCACCGCUGUUUGCUCUGGCGGCUGGGCUGGAAUCAGAUGCCUCCGAGGCCAAGUGGUCGCCAUUCAGCUCCCUUGGAAGGGACUCGGCGGCACUAUCUCCGAGAAGAUCGGACAGCUUCAGAGUCUCAGAAAGCUUAGCCUCCACGACAACUUCAUCGCCGGCUCGAUUCCCCGUUCCCUUGGCUACCUCCGGAGCCUCCGUGGAGUCCAUCUCUUCAACAACCGUCUCUCCGGUUCGAUCCCAGCCUCACUCGGCAACUGCCCUCUUCUCCAGAAUCUGGAUCUUAGCAAUAACCAGCUAUCUGGAAUCAUCCCGGCUAGUCUUGCUGAGUCCACCAGGCUCUAUAGGCUCAAUCUCAGCUUCAAUUUACUUUCCGGUCCCCUUCCGGUUAGUGUAACCAGAUCAUAUACCCUCACUUUUCUUGACCUUCAGCAUAACAACCUCUCUGGUUCGAUACCCGACUUUUUGGCCAAUGGCUCUCACCCUCUCAAAAAGCUGAAUCUUGACCACAAUCUCUUCUCCGGAGCUGCUCCCUUGUCUCUCUGCAAGCAGAUUUUGCUGGAAGAGGUCUCUUUAAGCCAUAACCAGCUCUCUGGUUCCAUUCCCAAGGAAUUUGGAGCUCUUCCACACCUCCAGAGCCUCGAUUUUUCUUACAAUUCAAUUAACGGAACCAUCCCCGACAGUUUCUCAAACCUUACAUCCCUGGUUUCACUUAACCUCGAAAGCAACCACCUCAAAGGCCGAAUCCCAGAUUCCAUCGAUAGACUUCACAACCUGACGGUGCUUAACCUCAAGAGAAACAAGAUCAAUGGUCCUAUCCCAGAGAGAAUAGGGAACAUAUCUGGAAUCACACAGCUUGAUCUCUCUGAAAACAACUUCACAGGUCUGUUACCGUCCUCUCUAGCCAACCUGGCGAAUCUUUCUUCAUUCAACGUCUCUUUCAACACGCUAUCUGGUCCUGUUCCGGCUAUUCUCUCCAGAAAGUUCAACUCAAGCUCUUUCGUGGGCAACAUUCAGCUCUGUGGCUACAGUUCCUCCACUCCCUGUCCUUCACCUAAUCCUCACCAUCCUCUCACCCUUUCACCAACCUCAUCACAAGAACCAAGAAAACACCACAGAAAACUCUCCUUGAAGGAUAUAAUUCUAAUCGCCAUCGGUGCUCUUCUAGCCAUCCUGCUUCUGUUGUGCUGCAUCCUAUUCUGCUGCCUGAUCAAGAAACGUGCCGCCUUGAAACAAAAUGAUGGCAAGGGAAAGAUCUCUGAGAAGUCAGCAUCUGCAGCUGCAGCAGCAGCGACAGCAACAGGAGGUGAGAUGGGAGGAAAGCUGGUCCAUUUCGAUGGUCCGUUUGUGUUCACUGCCGAUGAUCUGCUCUGCGCCACCGCUGAGAUCAUGGGGAAAAGUACUUAUGGCACAGCAUACAAGGCGACAUUGGAGGACGGAAACGAGGUCGCCGUGAAGAGGCUGAGGGAGAAAACAACCAAAGGGGUCAAAGAGUUCGAAGGAGAGGUCACGGCUUUAGGCAAGAUUCGACACCAGAAUCUUCUUGCACUGAGAGCUUACUACUUAGGACCCAAAGGAGAGAAGCUCCUCGUCUUUGAUUACAUGUCUAAGGGUAGCCUCUCUGCGUUUCUUCACGCUCGAGGACCAGAAACCCUAAUUCCAUGGGAAACAAGGAUGAAGAUAGCGAAAGGAAUCGGUCGUGGUUUGGCUCACCUUCACAGCAACGAGAACAUGAUCCAUGAGAAUCUCACGGCCAGCAAUAUUCUCCUCGACGAGCAGACCAACGCCCACAUCGCCGAUUACGGCCUCUCCAGGCUCAUGACAGCCGCCGCCGCCACAAACGUGAUCGCAACCGCCGGAACGCUGGGAUACAGAGCGCCGGAGUUCUCAAAGAUCAAGAACGCAAGCACAAAGACGGACGUUUACAGCUUAGGGAUCAUCAUACUGGAGCUCUUGACGGGGAAAUCUCCAGGGGAGCCGACGAGCGGGAUGGAUUUGCCGCAGUGGGUGGCGUCGAUCGUGAAGGAAGAGUGGACCAAUGAAGUGUUUGAUUUGGAGCUGAUGAGGGAGACGCAAACCGUUGGAGACGAGCUUCUGAAUACUCUGAAAUUGGCGUUACAUUGUGUUGAUCCGUCGCCAGCGGCGAGGCCGGAAGCAAUUCAGGUGGUGAAUCAGCUGGAGGAGAUCAGGCCGGAGCUUGAGUCCGAGAUGGAAACGACGCCGAUUGGAUCCGGCGGUGAUGGAGCUAAAGAUCCAUCACAAUCAAAUGAGGAGAAUUGA